AAAAUGAAUGAAACAGAAGAUCAAAAGUAAAAGAUGAUCAUAACCUUAAUUAAUAGUAUGAAUUAAGGCUGUUCAAGAAUACAACCCUUUUGAAGAAGAGAUGAUGAUGAACGAAGCGAGAUAUAAUAGUAAUCUAUCGUCACUGGUGCCACCUCCUUCAAAUCCAAGAGCACCAUGGCAAAACUUGAAAAACUCAACAACAAAAGCAGGUGUUUGUAAAUAUGCAACAUCGAGUUCAUUUGUAAUUUCAACUUUCUCCAUUUGUUUGGCCGUCUCUUUGAUGACCAAAUUUCUUAAUAUGAUGUUAUUACGAUUCCAACAACCUCGUCUCAUCCUAGAACUAAGUGUGGGACUAAUGCUAGGAAACCUUAGCUUCAUGUCUGAAUUACUGCAGAUGGUAAUUCCACAAUUGGUUAGUUCAUUGGCCGAAAUGGGUAUGAGUUGUUACUUGCUAGUUUUAGGGUUAGAAAUGGAUCUAACAGUGUUGACAAAGAAACCUAAUCGCGAAGAAAUCGUAGCUUACACUGGAAUCAUCUCAACAUUUUUAAUUACAAGUGCAAUAACACCUCUUAUAAAAUUAGCAAAAGAUGGAAACACUAUUGGAUUUAUUUUCUCUAUUUCUGUAACUCUAACUGGUACUUCUUCACCCGUCUUAACCCGCUUGGUUACGGAUUUAAGAAUUAGCAGAUCAGAUAUUGGACGAUUAGUUAUCGGUGCAGGACUUCAUACAGAUAUGGUAACAAUGCUUCUAAUUUCGUUGUCUUUGGUUUUUCAUCCUUAUAAAUCGAAGCAAAGCGGUCAAAUGAAACUUAAAGAGGGAGUGCAUGUAGUUGUUGUAUUGGUUCUUAUUAUAGUAUUUCUGUCGACUGUAUUACCCAUUUUUGUAAAUUGGGUAAAUGCAAGAAACCCAAUUGGGAAACCCAUGAGAGGAUCGGAUCUUGUUCUAUUCGUUGCUACCAUGAUGAUAUUAUGUAAUGCUGGACCUACAAUGGUUGGUUAUAGUCCUACCAUGGCUUCAUUCUUGAUCGGAUUAGCAUUUCCUAGAAAAGGAAGAUUAUCGAAGAUGAUGAUCACUAAAAUCAAUCAAAUUAUGAACUUAAUUAUGUUUCCAUUAUUUUUUAUUUGGGUUGGUGCAUUGGCUAAUUUUGGUGAAGUGAAACCUGAUGAGUCAUUCGUAUGGGUCAAGUUACUAUUUUUGUUCGCAAUCGUUACAAUAGGGAAGGUGUUAGGAGCUCUUCUUGCUGCUAUGCUUUUGGGGUUUCCUUGGCAUGUCGCAGUUGCGAUUGGAUUCUUUCUAAAUGUUAAAGGGCAUUUUCACAUCUACGUCGCUGCUUAUGCUCUGGGGGAAGAUCUCGUGACAACUGGAACCUACAUUAUGAUGGUAUUGUUGGCCAUGGUCACCAUUGCAUUGAUUCCAUUAGUUGUAAAAUUAAUGGUAGAAGGAGCCAGAAAAAGAUCGCCCUACCGACAAAUGACCCUCCAACACUUAAAUCCGUCAACUGAGCUACGUAUCCUAUUAGGCAUCCAUGGACCUCAAAACGUUCCAUCUAUGAUCAACAUAAUGGAAGUCUCAAGGGGAAAUAAAUCAUCAAGGAUUGGAGUUUAUGUUACAGAUAUGAUUGAAAUCAAUGACUGUCAUUCGACGAUACUUGCUCCUGAAGUGGAAAAUCGUAGUUUAGAGAAUACUGCGAUGGCUGAUGAAUCAGUGGUGAACAUGAGAGAACAAAUAACAAAUGCCAUCUUAUCAUACAUAGAAGAAAGUGGUAAAGGGAUCAGUGUGCAACGAUUACUUGCAAUAUCGACGUUUGCCAACAUGCACCAAGAUUUAUGCAAUUUGGCUGAGGCAGUGCAGGCCUCGUUGCUUAUAUUGCCAUUUCAUAGAAACCAAAGACCGGACGGAAAGAUGGAUGGAGUUCACCAUGGGUUCAGAUAUGUGAACCGUAAGGUUCUUCGACAAGCCCCGUGUUCAGUAGGAGUACUAGUGGACAGAGGUCUUGGAAAGAGUCAGAAAAGAUCAGCGCCAACCGCGUGUAUAGAAGUUGCAGUUGUUUUCAUUGGGGGAAAAGAUGAUAGAGAAGCUUUAUACUAUGCAUCACGCAUAGCACAGCAUCCUUGUAUUAAUCUAACUGCUGUUAGAUUUUUAGAAGAAACAAGUACAGAAAAAUCAUCAACAAAAAAACAUAAGAAAAAACUACGUUCAGUGAUAAAAAUGGAAGAGGAAGAAAGAAAACUUGAUGACGAAUGUUUUACCGAGUUUUAUGAAAAAUCACUAUCGCAGGGAAAGAUAGGCUACCUCGAAAAGCACGUUAUUGAUGCGAAAGGUACAGUCUCGACAUUGAAAUCAUUUGAAGAACAUUAUGCUUUGUUUAUUGUGGGAAGAGGAGGUAGAGUUAAUUCAAUAUUAACUGCUGGGAUGAGUAGUUGGGAAGAGUGUCCUGAUUUGGGUCCGAUUGGAGAAAUUCUUGCUGAUUCUGAUUUUUCUCUUUCGGCUUCUGUUUUGGUUAUUCAACAACAUUCUUUAGAUGGACUUGAAAAUGAAUUUACAGUCAUGUCAAUCUGAAAGGUUAAUUAAUUUUCCUUUUUUAUAUUUUUGUAUAGUCGAUAAUAGUGGACGUCGAUACUGGUUGCUUAGAUUAGGAUGCAGCUUGCUUAAUGGUGGAGAUGAUGAACGCAACAACGUAUAUUCAUAAAAUUGUCUCUAAAGAUACAAUGAACUCAUUAGCUUUAGCUCAAUCGUUAAUUAAGCAAUUUUAGCAUGUUAGUAUAUCUAACCAGUUUACCUUCUUCAGGUGCUAUCAACUCUACUAUUACA